UGGGCAUCCACCCAUGCUCACACACUCUCCUGGCACUAUUCGAUGCCACCAGGCUGCUUGUAUAGGAUAUGGGAAAACUGUUCGGAUGUUCCCAUGAGAGCAACAUGAGGGUGUGCAGUUGGGGAUUAAUGGAAUUACACCUGCAGGAGAAACUAGCUGAGGACUAUUUCCUGUAAAGCUGAGGAGAGAUAAUGCAGUGUCCUAACUCGUUAUAGGUUUCUUAUUUAUUGUAUUUUCUCCAAUAUUUUUUUUGGAAGUCUUGUUUUAAUGACUAAGCGUCCUUGAGAAAUAAGAAGCCAUGUCGUCUGCUCAAGCUUUACACCGCAGUGGUGUCUACAACUAUUUCCUGAACAUGGUGGCUUAUCAGAUAUGCUGCUGCUGUGGCCCGGCACCGUGUUCCCUGUGUUGCUCCUUCUGUCCGCCCAUCAAAUCAUCAACCAGCACGCGGAUCAUGUACACAUUAUUCCACAUCCUGGCCUGCACUGUCUCAUGCCUCAUGCUGUCUAAGACCGUGUCAGAAGCAGUGAGGGAGAAUGUGCCUUUCUUUAAUGUGGUGUGUGAUGAGGCUCACGGUGGAGGAGACUGUCAGAUGCUGGUGGGCUACUCUGCCGUCUACAGGGUGUGUUUCGGCACAGCUUGUUUCUACUUGAUGAUGGCCAUCUUCCUCAUUGAUGUGAAGUCUAGUCAGGAUUUUCGAGCCCUCAUUCAUAAUGGGUUCUGGUUUCUGAAGUUCAUCACCAUGCUUGGAAUGAUUGCUGCUGCCUUCUUUAUUCCCACAGAAUCCUUUUUGCAUGCCUGGCAUUAUGUUGGAGUAGUGGGAGGCUUUUCUUUUAUCCUCAUUCAACUCAUUCUCAUCACUGCUUUCGCUCAUACCUGGAAUAAAAACUGGUUAACUGGCGCAGCUGAGAAUAAAAGGUGGUAUGUGGCAGUCAUGUGUGCCACCCUCUUCUUCUACACCAUCGCCACCAUGGCCUUCACUUUCAUGUACAAAUACUACACUCACCCAGCGGGAUGCCACCUGAAUAAAGCCCUGCUAUGGACUAACCUGGCCCUCUGCACCAUCAUGUCUUUUAUUGCGGUCACUCCCUGUGUGCAGCAAAAGCAGCCCCGCUCAGGACUCCUGCAGGCUUCCAUCAUUUGCUGCUAUGUCAUGUACCUGACCUUCUCUGCUCUAUCCAGCCGCCCACCAGAGAAGGUGGAGUAUCAGGGGGUCAACAUGACGGUGUGCUACCCCAAAGUCAGCAGGGAUGAGAUUCAAAAUGAAGGCAAUGCCGUGGCCAUUAUUGGGGCUGCAAUCAUGUACUGCUGUGUUCUUUUUGCAUGCAAUGAGGCUUCAUACUUAGCUGAGGUCUUUGGACCUUUCUGGAUGAUAAAAGUUUACCGCUAUGAGUUCCAGAAAGCCUCCUGUUGCUUCUGCUGCCCAGAGGCCGAAGAUGAGGAAGAGUUUGUCAUUGACGAGAACAAAGGCUGUCAGAAAGUCAUCCACAAUGAGACUCAGCGCGUUGCCUACAGCUACUUUUUCUUCCACUUUGUUUUCUUUUUGGCUUCCCUCUAUGUAAUGAUGACCCUAACUAAUUGGUUCAGUUAUGAGACUGCUGUUCUGGAGACCACCUUCACCCACGGAAGUUACUCCACAUUCUGGGUCAAGCUGUCGUCCUGCUGGGCAUGUGUGGUUCUUUAUCUAUGGCUUCUCCUGGGUCCCCUGUGCCACUGCCAGUCUGAUCCGAAACGACCUCGACGCGCCCGCAUCAAGAGACGGGCCGCCACUCACCGCCAUGUUAGCGUCAGCGUGUGAAUUACAGACUGAACAACA